AUGGAUAAAAAGAAAUUGCGCAAAGGGCCGCUGCCUGGGGGUCGCCGGGGCGCGUCUGGAGCUGGCGCUGGACGCGGCAGCAUGCGGGCCGCCAGCCGAGCGCGAGGAGCUGCACGGUCAUCUACCAGCCCUCCGCAUCCAUCAUCCCCACCAGAAGGCUUGGUGUCGGCUGGGUCUUCUCGGACUCAGCAAGCGGCACCCGCCGCUGGUGGAGCACGUCGCAUGCGUUGGUCACAAGAAAUGAAUGCAAACGCACUGCGGGCGUACUUUAGGGCAAAAGGGGAAGAAACUGGAUGUUUGGCGUAUCGGGCUAGGAUGCAUCGUCUUUUUGCUGAGCUGGAGCCAUCUUUAAUCGUCACAGAGCAAAACCUGGCAGACCGAGUUCGGUAUAUCUUGCGCUCAAAUAUAUUUGAUGUCGCCGAACUCGAACGGCUACGACGUGAGGCUGUUCCCUCGUCGGAUGAGAAUGCUACGGCUGAGGAUGCGGCGCCACAAAUGGUAGAGCAACCCGCAAACGUGGAUGCCGCCGUGAAUACCCCAGUUGUGGUUGAUUCAAACGAUGAUGGAACAGUCGCCCAGGAACUGGAAUUAGAGCAUAUGAGGAGUAUAUUGGAAGAAGCGAUUGUGGAAACGCGCAGUACGCUUCUCGAAAAUCGACCGCGACUUCCCCGCAUAGCCCUAAGCAAGCGGAAUCGGGCUGUCGUGAGGGCUCUGAACCCAAUGCUGGUUACCUAUUUGGAAGCCAGCCGGGACCUUUGCGAGACGGACUCAAUUCUUUUUGGCGCCGCGCUGGCAGUCUGCCGUAUCAUAGGCGCCAAGGUUUCCACGGCUGGACGCGCUACUGGCCAUAGUAGCGCUAUCCCAGCAUGGAGAAGAAGAAUUGAGGAACGUAUUGCAAAGGCUAGAGCUCUCAUCGGCAGACUGAUAUGCUUCAGAUCAGGCAACAACAGGCCAAGAAUUGUGCGCACCGUCAGGAUGGCGUUUGCUGGGACAAAUGUCAGUUUGUCCCAGCCGGAUAUAACGCAAAAACUGACGGAGCGCAUAGAUGAUCUGAAGCAGAGAAUCGCUGCUUGGGGAAAGCGGAUUCGGCGAAAUACCGAGAGGUCGACACGGUUCAACCAGAAUCGUCUCUUCCAGAGUGAUCAGAAGAGGCUCUAUGAAUCAUUGGAGCGACCAAUGGUAAGUGGAACGGGUCCAGCACCGAAUCAGGCCGACACUGUAGCAUUCUGGCGCGGCCUGUGGUCAGAGCCCGUAAACCACAGCGAGGGCCCUUGGACGGAAGUUGUGGCGAGUCAGUGUGCGGGUAUUACGCCCAUGGACCCCGUCAUCAUAACGCCGGAUGACGUAGCUGAGGCGGUUCGUAGGGCCCCGAACUGGAAAAGUCCGGGGCUUGACGGGCUGCAUCACUACUGGCUGAAGGGGUUCAUGGUGUGUCACUCUGUGCUCGCCCGACAGUUUCAAGAGGCUCUCAACCAGAAGUCGCUCCCAAGCCUCUUCACUACUGGGAUCACUCAUUUAGUUCCUAAAGACCAGGGUACCACAGACCCGAGCAAAUACCGCCCCAUCACAAGCGGUGAUUCAUCUGACCGGGCAGUGCCGGAGAAGUAUAAAAACGAUAAUUUAAGCAAGACUAAUGUAUUCUUUCGCAUGAAAAAUUUCUUGAUACACUGA